UCUGUUUUGGCGCGAUUCUUGUAAAGAAUAGCGAAUUCUUGGUUCAACAGAUUUUGUCGCCGAAAACACUUUCCUUUCAAAAGAAAGGCACAGAAAAAAAACGUAGGAUGUAAACAUGGCAGCUUGUAGACGGUCUGGACGGGCGAGAAAACAGGUCGACUACAGCUACCAGGACGACGUCUUGCACGCAUCACCACAAGACAGCAGUGAUGAUGAUUUUCAAGACUCACCUGUUGCACCUCCUCUCAAGAAGCAAAAAACAACUAACAAAGCUGCUGUGAGGACAACAAAGGCGAGCAAAGCCACAUCUAAAGUAACUCCGCAAGUAACAAAGAAGAAAGAAAGGCUUUCAUUGGAUGAGAAACUGUACCAGAGAGAGCUUGAGGCUGCAAUUGAAGCUUCCAUAAAGGAUUCACACUCAGAUGAUGCUAGUCAGUCAACUCCAUCUGCACGUCAACCAGAAAAAAUAACUAAAGAAAUCUCCAAAGCAAAACCAGGACCAGAAGGAAAGCCAGAUAGUGAAUCCAGUUCUGAUGAUCAAAGCUACAAAGAAGAAGAGGAAAAUGAGGAUUUUACAACUAACAAAAAAGACACUCAGAUAGCAUCGGCAUGUAAAGCAACAAAAGAAGAAAGUGCAGAUGAGAUAUCAGAGACAAAUAGUAACCAUGAAAGUGAUUUUGAGGUAGAAGAUAAUGAUAACGGUGAUGAAAGUUUUGGAGAUGCUGAUGACGACAGCGACUUUGAUGCAGAGGUAGAGCGGAAAAGCAGAAAGAAGAAAGAGAGAAAAACCAAAACUGUAGCAUCACCUGCAAAACCACCCAUCAAACCGAGAGCUAGUGUGACAGUUACGCCCAUAAAGAUGCUAAAAAAGCUGCAAAAGAAAAGUAGUAAAAACACAUCUGGCACAAGCAGUGUUAAGUCCAUAUCAUCAGUCUCAAGUUCCGCCUCAAACUCGCCAUCAGAACCACGUCGCUCAGCUCUUUUAACCAUUCCACCCAAGAACUCAAGCUCUCCCAGCCUAGGACUUGGGGGGGUUCAAAUCAAGUCACCUGCAGUCCCCUUGAGACUUGGACUGUCUAGGAAUGCAAGGGUCAAACCACUACAUUCUAACGUCAUCGCCCAGAGAUGAUACCAUACAAGUGACACCAAAUCCUAGGCAGGCUCUAUUUACAUAAAAGAGAACAGGGAACAACUUUUUUACCCAUAUAUGGUUAUCCACCCACAGAAAGAAACACAUUCAAGGCACACAGCUAGGGAGGAUGCAGAGACAAAAUCCUCCUUUGACAACUAAAAUGUGGAUCUUAUGGAAUUGAAUAUUAAAUAGUCCACAUGUUAAUGACUAUGUACCCUCCCCUCAGCUGCAUGCCUGAAUCUUGACACAAGUUCAACUGUAAAUUCAACAAGACAGUGUAUUUUAACCUAGUAGGCAGAGAGCUAAUAGGGCAUGAUUAACAUUGCUAAAAAAGUAACUGAAUUUACAACAUUGAAUUGAUUUGUCUAAGAGUAAUUGUAGGUUCUAGUUCCCAGCUAACAAAGAUCGCAAAUGCUAGACCGGCAGAAUGCUUCAGGCUUAGGCAUACAAUGGUGUCAUAUUUUUCAGUUUUUUUUUAAACAUUGCCUUUCCUAAUAUUCCAAGCCCUAUUCCUUAAUGAAUCCCCAAAAGAAUCGUUUAAAAUUUAAUCAAAAGAAAAGACAGUCCCCUUUUUACAUAACUUAUCCCACCUACUAAUGGGGAGUUGUCACUCUUGCCUAUUGUAACAUUUUUAUUAAGGUUCCUUUAGUUGAUCUAAGACCUUUUUUAAAAAGAUUUAUCUGUAAAAUUCACACAAUCAAUGUAAAGAAACCAUUUUAUUUCCAUAUUUCAAAUACAGAAGUGUAAAGCAGUUAUCAAAUAAAGUAUACAGUAUGAUUCA